UUCUUUCAAUUGACUUUUGUUAUUCGUUCGCAUCGGAGUGUACCAACAAACCUAUUGUGGACAAAAAUCAUUGGAUUGUUUUAAAAAUCAACCAAAAUUGAUUGGAUUUUUCAGAGAUACCCAAAGUGUAUGUAAGGUUAUACCUCAAACACAAUGUCGUUCUUUACCAAUUUCGUUUCUACUCUGCGGCAAUUUGUAGUCAAAACUCCACAAAUUCAACCAGUACGGUAUCGAUACUUUCAGGAGAAAAGAGAUUAUAUUCGACGCUAUGGAUACUUCGACAAACUGGCUCGUAGCGGUUUAUUGCCACAUUAUAGUGACAAGAGAGUCCUACCGUUUCCACAAUAUAAGCCAAAAAAUGUGUGGAAUGAGAAACGAGCGUUAUUCGGGCAAAAUGAUUACAUAGAUAUUCUCGGUAAUGACAAUUUGCACCCGACCCGUAUAUUAUACAAUCUGCCAGCAUGGAUACGAGGCGCCAAAGGUGGUGAAUUUAAAAUGUUGAUACGGAAACGUAAUAUCUUCAAAGGAUCGGAGUAUCCAAUAGCGAGACCUUCAAAAUGGCGUGAUCUUAACAAACGUAUCAAAUAUUUGUAUAGAUUUUUGAAUAACAAAACUAAAACACCAAUGUCAAAGGAUUAAGAAUAAACUCGUUUCUGUUAUUAGAUUAAAUUUGGAGAAAAUGAAUAAAAUAAAGUCGAAACACUUUUCUCGAGCAAAAGUA